AUGCCUCCUCUUGUAAUAAAGCCUCGGCGCGUCGCCGAGAUCAUGUUGUCAUGGCUGGGUCUAGACCUCGUCUCUUGUACGAAGAUUCAGACUCUCUGGGCAGGCUACGGCCACAUCUGCGCCAUCGCAGCGCGAGAGCCCAACGACAAGACCAACACCACCUCGCGCAUGAUCCUGAAGCUGAUCUGCCCCCCAGCCCUCGGCGACCGCACCGAAGACGAAGGCCACUUGCGGAAGAUGCUGAGCUACCAAGUCGAGCAGCACUUCUAUCAGGAGAUCGCGCCCCGUCUACUGGAAGACGACGUCGCCGUCGCGAGAUGCCUCGCCUCGACCCGGGACUCGACCGGGAAACCGCACGCCGAGGAACUCCGCGGCCUGACCGCCACCCUCAUGUCCGACUUGCGCCCAGCGUUCCCCGUCGCCGGCGGGAAACGGUCCGCCUUGCUCCCCCGACAGGUCCGCGCGGCUCUGGACUGGCUGGCCCGGUUCCACCGCAGCUCCUGGGCCUCGCUGCCGGACAAGGAGCUUGACUUAUUCCUCCUCCCGCCCCUCGAGGAGGCGAAGCGCCGACGAUCUGGCGAAGUGGAUCCCGAGCGGUCGAAGCUGUGGCUGAACGGCGGGUACACGUACCUGGCGACCCGGCGGAAAGAGUACGCAUCUCUUGCCGAGGACGAGACCUCGGAGUGGUGCGCCGCCCUUUGCGACCCUUUUUCCGAGACGACCGGGAAGGAUGAUGGAUCCUCGUCGUCGUCCAUGUCUGUUGCGGAACUGGUUGCCGCUUUCCUCACGCCGUCGGGGAGGCCUUUUGAGACGUACAUUCACGGCGACGUCAAGUCGGAGAAUCUCUUCACGACCGAGCUGGGCGACCGGGUGGCCUUUUUCGAUUUCCAGUACGUCGGGCUGGGUCUGGGGGUUUGCGACCUCGCCAAGCUCUUUACCUGUUCCGUCCCCCUCGGCAUGCUCGCCGAUUGCCGUGGCCCUUGCGACGUGCCGCAGGAACUGGCCAUGGGCGAAGGGGAGAAGGCAUUGUUGGAGCAGUACCGCCAGACCCUUCUCUCUGGCACAACGUCAGGCAAGGGCCCGUCGGCGUACGACUGGAACGAUUUCGUCCGUCAUUGGGAGACGGCCCUCGUGGAUUGGUGUCGCUUCCAGGCAUCUUGGGGCUUCUGGGGGAACACCGAGUGGCUUGAAGCGAGAGUGAGAUCCAUUCUUGGGGAUGACGGCUGGUGUAACUGGCUGAAGCAGGAAUGCGAUCGGGUUGAAUACAUGAAAUGA